UUUGAUAACUGGAGGCAGGCAGGUCCCUGCCAUGGCUGGCAGCUCACUCACUUGCGACUUGCCUGCGCAGCCCAGCGUGUGUGUGAUGCCGCAGCGCACGCACUGUUCCGCGAUGCCCCCAGCAUGACGCGGCCGCCUCGCCAUCGCCACGACGCCUACAUAACCCAACACCCAGCCACCCGCCGCGCCGCGAACCAAGCUUCCGCUUAGCCUAGAGCUAGGUAUCCGUCGUGUCGUACGAAUCGGCCGUGUGGCGGUGGUGGCGCGCGCGCGCGUGUGAGGAAGGAGGAGACAGGGUUGGGUGUUUUUUCUUUUCUUUUUUAGUGGCCGGGGGAGUCGCUCGCCUUCGCCACCUUUCCGUCCGUCUCUUUCCUCUCUCCCUCUCUCGAGGAGGAGAGAGAGGAGGAGGGGGAGACCGGACGGAGCCGGCCGGGGGCAAGAAGCCAAGAAAGGCGCGGGACGCGCGCUGCGGCUCUCUGGCGAUGGAGAUAGCGAGCGGAGGAGGAGGCGGAGGCGCCGGAGGAGGGAGUGGCGGCGGAGGGGACGACCACCACCGCCAGCUGCAUGGGCUCAAGUUCGGCAAGAAGAUCUACUUCGAGGACGCCGGCGCGGCGGCGGCGGGGGAGGGAGGCGGCAGCGGCAGCGGUGACGGUGGCAGUGGCAGUGCCAGCAGUGGCAGCGCGAGCGCGCCGUCGUCGUCCAAGGCGGCGGCGGCGGGUGGUGGCCGCGGCGGCGGAGGGGGCAGGAACAAGGGGAAGGGCGUGGCCGCUCCGGCGGCGCCGCCGCCGCCCCCGCCCCGCUGCCAGGUGGAGGGCUGCAACGCGGAUCUGAGCGGGAUCAAGAACUACUACUGCCGCCACAAGGUGUGCUUCAUGCACUCCAAGGCCCCCCGCGUCGUCGUCGCCGGCCUCGAGCAGCGCUUCUGCCAGCAGUGCAGCAGGUUCCACCUUUUGCCUGAAUUUGACCAAGGAAAACGCAGCUGCCGCAGACGCCUUGCAGGUCACAAUGAGCGCCGGAGGAGGCCACAGAUGCCUCUGGCAUCACGCUAUGGUCGGAUUGCUGCAUCACUCGGUGAAGAGCAUCGCAGGUUCAGAAGCUUUACGUUGGAUUUCUCAUACCCAAGGGUUCCAAGCAGUGUAAGGGAUGCAUGGACAGCAAUUCGACCAGGCGAUCGGGUUGCUGGUGGUAUCCAGUGGCAUGGGAACCUAACUCAUCCUCACUCCAGUGCAGUUGCAGGAUAUGGCGCCCAUGCAUACAACAGCCAAGGCAGCUCUUCGUCAGGGCCACCGGUGUUCUCUGGCCCAAGUCUCCCUCCAGGUGGAUCUUUCACAGGGGUCGGCGCUGCGACCGACUCGAGCUGUGCUCUCUCUCUUCUGUCAACUCAGCCAUGGGAUGCUGCUACCCACCGUGCCGCUGCCAGCCAUAACCGUGCUGCCGCCAUGUCCACUACUGCCAGCUUUGAUGGCAACCCGGUGGCACCCUCCGCCAUGGCCAGUAGCUACAUGGCGCCUAGCCCCUGGGCAGGCUCUCGGGGCCAUGAAGGCGGUGGUCGGAGCAUGCCGCACCAGCUACCACAUGAGGUCUCGCUUGAUGGAGUGCACCCUGGCCCUAGCCAUCAUGCCCAGUUCUCCGGUGAGCUCGAGCUUGCUCUGCAGGGGAACGGCCCAGCCCCGGCACCGCGCAUCGAUCCUGGCUCUGGCAGCACCUUCGAUCAAGGCAGCAACACAAUGGACUGGUCUCUGUAGAGGCUGUUCCA